UUGUAGUUGUCAAGAGAUCCAUCAGCUCAUCCGUGGAAAUUGGAUCGGUGAAUUGCUAUUUAAGUUUGCCCCGGUUAGCCAAAUUCCUUGUAGUUGUCAAGAGAUCAAUCAGCUCAUCCGUGGAAAUUGGAUCGGUGAAUUGCUAUUUUAAGUCUGCUCCGGUUAACGGUGACACUGUCGCCACUGCCACUCGUCGCUUCGCUCUUCACGCAAAUGGAGACACCUUUGAUUAUCGAAGCUAGUACAAGCGGCGGCGGAGAUGGUCGCCAAAGGCAGAAGCCCAGCCAACCGUACAAGCGAAGGUCCGAUGCCAUAGCCUACGGUUCGCGCUAUCAGAAGGCGGCCGCUCUGGUUGAUCUGGCAGAAGAUGGAAUUGGUUUACCAGAAGAAGUCCUGAACGAUAUCAGAUUUGAUAGAGUAGCGAGGUUCUACUUUAUAUAUAUUCGCUUUAACUUUCUGUGGUCUCUUAAUCUGUUUGCCUUGGUACUACUGAGCUUUCUUGAGAAACCCCUAUGGUGCACUAAUAAUCGUCAGUUUUCUUGUGAAGAGAGGGACUAUUUUUUCCUUGGAGAACUGCCUUACUUAACUCAUGCUCAAUCCUUCAUUUAUGAAGGAAUCACUCUACUUAUACUCAUUUUACAUACAUUUUUUCCAAUUGCAUAUGAAGGUUGGAAUCUAUUCUGGAAGAACCUUUCAAACAGGUUGAAGAUCAUCUCUCUCCUCCUCCUGAUGUGUGAUAUAUUGGUUUAUGCCCUUUUUGCAUCUCCCGUGUCAAUUACUUAUCUUCCUUUCAGAAUUGCUCCAUAUAUUCGGAUUGCCUUUGUUACUUUGUCAAUCAGGGAUUUGCGUACAUGCAUAGUUACGCUUGCUGGAAUGUUUGGCAUGUACCUGAAUGUCCUGGCUCUUUGGCUAUUGUUCCUUCUAUUUUCCAGCUGGCUUGCUUAUCUCACUUUUGAAGACACUCAACAAGGAAAGAUUAUGUUUAGUUCAUUUGGAACUACACUUUAUCAGAUGUUUGUGCUUUUCACGACAUCUAACAAUCCAGAUGUGUGGAUUCCUGCAUACAAGACUUCUCGUUGGUCUUGCAUAUUUUUCGUUCUUUAUGCUCUUUUGGGGGUAUACUUUAUCACAAAUCUUAUUCUUGCCGUUGUGUAUGAUAGCUUUAAGGCUCAGCUUGCCAAACAAGUUGUUGAGAUGGACAACAUGAGGAUCAGCAUAUUAGGGAAGGCUUUUGCUCUUGUUGAUAAUUUUAAUCAGGGUUUUUUGAACAAAGAGCAAUGUAUCUGUCUGUUUGAGGAGUUAAACAAGUACAGGUCAUUGCCAAAAACAUCAAGGGAGGAUUUUGAGCUGAUAUUUGAUGAACUUGAUCAUAGCGGGGAUUUUAAGAUCACUUUAGAAGAAUUCACCGACCUCUGUAAUGCUAUUGCUCUAAGGUUUGAAAAAGAAGCGUCACCUUCUUGCUUUGAGAACUAUCCAUUGUUUUACCGUUCACGACAGUGUGAAAAGUUGAAAGCUUUUGUUCGAAGCCCUACAUUUGGAUACAUUAUAGCUUUUGUUCUUGUGCUGAACUUAAUCACUGUUAUCAUUGAAACAACGCUUGAUAUAGAGAACAGCUCCGCACAACAAGUCUGGCAAGAAGUUGAGUUUUUCUUUGGUUGGAUUUAUGUCCUUGAGGUGGCUUUAAAAGUCUUUACGUAUGGGUUUGGAACAUACUGGAUGGAAGGGCAAAACCGUUUUGAUUUUGUGAUCACAUGGAUAAUAGUCAUUGGAGAGGCCACGACCUUUUUCUUUUCAUCUCAGCUUCCCUUUCUUUCAAAUGGUGAAUGGAUUCGCUAUCUUCUAAUUGCAAGGAUGCUGCGUCUAAUAAGGCUCUUGUUGAAUGUCCGACAAUACAGAGGAUUUGUUGCAACAUUCUUAACUCUUAUUCCUAGUUUGAUGCCAUAUCUUGGCAUCAUUUUUUGUGUGCUUUGUAUAUAUUGCUCUGCUGGUGUACAGCUAUUUGGUGGACUUGUAAAUGCCGGAAAUGCUAAACUGGAAACUACUGAUCUCUUUGAGGAUGACUAUUUGCUUUUCAACUUCAACGAUUACCCCAAUGGAAUGGUUACACUUUUCAAUUUGUUAGUCAUGGGUAACUGGCAAGUAUGGAUGCAGAGCUACAAGGAUUUGACAGGAAGUUCGUGGACCCUUGUCUAUUUUGUCAGUUUCUAUCUCAUAACCGUUUUACUGCUUCUGAAUUUGGUUAUAGCAUUUGUCUUGGAAGCAUUCUUUGCUGAAAUGGAACUUGAAAGUACUACCAAGUCUGACGAUACCAAGGAUGCUUUGGCCAGGAAUGACCGUCGUCGGCUUACUGGCUUAAAGACACGGAGCCGAGCUGUUGACAUUCUUCUUCAUCACAUGUUAAGUGCAGAGCUAAGCGAAACCCGAAGUUCCCAAGCAUGAUAACUUAAUUGUGCUUAUGGUUAAAUCCAUUGUCGCACAGCAUUGUCCCAUGGUCACAAACAUAACAAAAUCCUAGUUCGUUCCUAUUUUAUGCCAUAGUUUACUUUUAUUAGGAAUUUUAUGUAUACUCAACUCCUUUUUUUCUUGUUUUGUUGUGUUAUAGUUUUCACUUUUUUUAGGAUUUAUUAUGCAGUUAUAUCAAGGCUACUAUAUUUAUUUUAAG